CCGCCGGCCCCGGGACCCUCGAGAUGGACGAGGACGGCAGCGGCGAGGGCGGCGGCGUGCCUGAAGACCUCUCUUUAGAAGAGAGAGAAGAACUUCUAGACAUUCGUCGAAGAAAAAAGGAACUUAUUGAUGACAUCGAGAGGCUGAAGUACGAAAUUGCAGAAGUGAUGACAGAGAUUGACAAUCUGACGUCUGUAGAGGAGAGCAAAACUACCCAGAGGAACAAGCAGAUAGCUAUGGGAAGAAAGAAAUUCAACAUGGAUCCCAAAAAGGGAAUUCAGUUUCUAAUAGAAAAUGACCUGCUGCAGAGUUCCCCUGAAGACGUAGCCCAGUUCCUUUAUAAAGGAGAAGGCCUCAAUAAGACCGUGAUCGGGGACUACCUGGGAGAGAGGGACGAGUUUAACAUUAAAGUUCUCCAGGCUUUCGUGGAGCUCCACGAGUUUGCAGAUCUCAACCUGGUACAAGCCUUGAGGCAGUUCCUGUGGAGCUUCCGCCUUCCGGGGGAGGCGCAGAAGAUCGACCGCAUGAUGGAGGCCUUUGCGGCUCGCUACUGCCUGUGCAACCCUGGGGUCUUCCAGUCCACAGACACGUGCUACGUGCUGUCCUUCGCCAUCAUCAUGCUGAACACCAGCCUGCACAACCACAACGUGCGCGACAAGCCCACGGCCGAGCGCUUCGUCUCCAUGAACCGUGGCAUCAACGAGGGCGGUGACCUGCCCGAGGAGCUCCUGCGGAACUUAUAUGAAAGUAUUAAAAACGAGCCGUUUAAAAUCCCAGAGGACGACGGCAAUGACCUCACGCACACCUUCUUCAACCCCGACCGCGAGGGCUGGCUCCUGAAGCUCGGGGGGCGCGUGAAGACCUGGAAGCGCCGCUGGUUCAUCCUGACCGAUAACUGCCUCUAUUACUUUGAAUACACAACAGACAAGGAGCCCAGGGGCAUCAUCCCGCUGGAGAACCUCAGCAUAAGGGAGGUGGAAGACCCUCGGAAGCCCAACUGCUUUGAGCUGUACAACCCGAGCCACAAAGGGCAGGUGAUCAAGGCCUGUAAGACGGAGGCCGACGGGCGCGUGGUGGAGGGGAACCACGUGGUGUACCGCAUCUCGGCCCCCACGCCGGAGGAGAAGGAGGAGUGGAUCAAGUGCAUCAGAGCCAGCAUCAGCAGGGACCCUUUCUACGACAUGCUGGCGACGAGGAAAAGGAGGGUUGCCAAUAAGAAAUAGAGCUCCCCUGGCCCAGACAGGCCGCGUCUUCCGGCAGCUGCCAGGAGCAGGUUCUCUGCGGGACGCUGCCCAGUGCACAGGGACGGCUGCCGUGGGGACAAGUUCCAAGAACCAGACUGCGCGCUUGGGCGCUUUGCGUGGGCCGCGUCAGGGACCGUCCGGCAUGUUCCCGCCCUGCCCCAGCAGGCAACGUCCAAGUGUACCCGCUUGUACCCGCAGCAGCUGCUGGUUCCGCUGCCCACGCAGCCGUGCAGCCCACCCCAGGAUCGCUCCCUGUCCGUGGAACCUCGCCCGUCAGACACACGUGCGGUCAGUAGCAGUAGUGAUGGUCACUGUUCUAGAAGCCGCUGUUUUAUAUCAAAACAGGAUAGGAAGAGCUACCACUUUUUUAUUCAGAAUUUUUUUCUCAGAUAUAUAGGAUUAUAGCUUUUAUAUGCCUUUUUAUAUUCUGAAAUUAUAAUGAAAGAUACUUUCUAACAGUAGUAUUUUUAGAAUGGCAGCUAUAAGUUUAACUCCUGGACACAAGUGUAUACUGUGCACUGAAAAAAAAAUAUGCAGCACCCAAAGGGAAGGGUUUGGGGGCACGUGCAGUUGGGCGGGGCUGCUGGGGACCUGCUGGCCAGUGAGCUCUGCCGCGUGGAGACUUUUUUGCCCCACUAAUAGGUUCUAAAAAGCAAAUCACUCAAUAUAAAUGAUGUUUUUUGGAUGGUUAUACUCAACUGCUGAAUUUAGGAAAGGGAGCUUUUCCCCUGGCGAUAGCUCGUCUGCACGGUGGACCCUGUGAAACUGCUCGUCCCCACUGUCUCUGACACACCCGGACGGCACUUUCGUGGGGUUCACCCCAGGACGUGGGGCUGAGUGGCGUCCGACCACAUUCUUCACUAUUUAAAGUGUUUUGGCAAAAUGCUUUAUUUUACCAGCCUUGUAACAAUCUGACCAAAUUUCUUAAUGUAAUGAAUAGAGAGUUUUUGGAGAUUUAAUCUCCCAUUUUGAGGGGACAAGCAAGCUAUGGCAUGAAAGUGUAAUUUAAGGUACAAAUACCUUUAGACCAAACCAGUGUGGCCCUAGGAUUUCUGGGACAGGUUAAACCCGAGAGCCGCUGACCAGGAGGCUGGCAGGGGGCUGAGGCUCGUGCUCGCGGCUGGGCCAGGUGCUUUGUGCCCGGGGCGGGACGGCCAUGGGUGUUCAGGAAGGGGCAGUGACAGAAGCUACUUUCUUCCCCUCCUCCCCGAGAGCAUCUUUCCAGUCCGGGACAUGCACGUCUGACCCGCAGGCCCGCUCGCCUGGGGGCUGUUCCGUGAUGGAGGGCCCGGCCAAGGGGGCUCUUCCCCCAGCCCCCAACUUCCUGCCCCCGCCCCACCUGCGUAGACACAUCUGGAAUUUGCACCUUUAGAUGCUACUGACUACUCCUUUACAAAAGGAAAGUCAAAUUAAACCUGAGAUCGUACGCACUUUCGUCUAGUUCUAAGUAGCAGAAGCAGCCAUUCCUGAUGAUCCGUGUGCUGCCUCGAGCCGAGACAGAACAGCGCUGGCCCUUUGCCUGUGUCGCUGACCUCCGUGUGGCUUUAAGUCACACUGGACUGCAAAGGGGUCUAAGCCCGUAACUUUCCGUCAUGCAUCAAACUGACUUUUUUGGUUCAUUCCCAAGCUUUUAGGCUUUGUCACUGUACUGAUACCUCAAAUUCCAAACUUUGGUUUUUGAGGAAGGCACCAGUUGGCACCCUGAGCCCGCCUGGCACCCAGGCAGCCCCGGCCUCCCGUCUGCACGGGCACGGGGCUCGCUCGGCCCCACCUGCAGCCCCUGGGCCGCUUCCAGUGUCUCACACUCGGAAGAACUGUUUCUCUCUCUCCUGACUGUGACCCCAGCUAUGACCGUGGAGAGACAGGGCUCCUGUCUUUUGGGUUUGGCCUCAGAGUUGUGUUGGGGGAAGUGAGCAUGAAGGAAACACCUAAUAAGAUGUUUCUCUGCUCCGGGCACCUGUGGGAGAGCUUCGCCCGCGGCUGUCUCCCUGGGGCCGCUGCAGACCCGGUGCUUAGAAUUCACGAGCUGCCACCUUCCAAUUCCAGGUCCUGCCGGGACACUAUUAACACAUGGGGCCUACACUGCGGGUCGGGCCAGGCUGGCUCGGCCACGUGGGGGGCACAGCAGGGGCCCUGGCACCUCUCCACGUGGCAUUCAUCCUGCUCACGUUCCCCACCCCCCUCCCCAAUGUCUACGCUCAGUGCUUGAAUUAUUAGUUCAACUGUGGCCAAAGACAAAACUUCCUCCAGAGACAGAGGGGAGCAGGCAGCAAAGGGAGUUUAGGGUACAGAGCAUGGUGGCCACGGCCUUGCCCACCUCCCUGCAGGGCCCUGCUGGCAUCCCCGAGGGCUCGCUGGACUGAUGCUGGACCCAGACAAGCAAUGUAGUGUCUUCAGGGUCCCCUGUGUCCAACCAGUUUAACGUGGUACCGAGCUCAGAAUAGGAGCUGUUUGUAGAUGCAGCAUUUAAUGCCUCAUAUAAAGCAAUGCCUAUUUUUCAAGUUACAGAUGCAUUUAUCUACAUAGACGUGCUUGCUGAGAAGUUAGGUCUAUGGUAGACCAGAAACCACAACUUGUGAUUUCUCAUUUUCUUAUUUUCUUAGAAAAUUUCUAUUACAAUAAAUGUAGUUAUUAUGUAAAUAAUGUACAUAUCUUGAUUUCUGGAAUGUUUAUGCAAUGUAUAUACUCCCACAAAUUGCAUGAAGAAAUAUUAUCAAUAUUUUGUUGUAAAGCAACUAGUACAAUUGAAGGGUGUACGCGGCUGUAAAAGCUCUCUUGCAGAUACCGUGUUCAUGCAAUAAAAAUCAAAUGUAUUGUUAAAA